AUGAAAAUAAAAACUCCACAAGCGGCGGCGCCCUGCUCGACUUCCACCGCCGAAUGCGCCCAAAUCCCUCCACCAAAAUCCCCAAAAUCCCCCAUGGCGAUGAGGCCUCCUCCGCCGCUGGUCGACGACCUCAUGCGCGAGAUCUUCCAGCGCUUGCCGCCGCACGACCCCAGGGACCUCGUCCGCGCCGCCGCCGUCUGCAGGAGCUGGCGCGGCAUCAUCUCCGACGCCGACUUCGCCCGCGAGUACCGCGAGCUCCAUGGGGCGCCGCCCAUGCUGGGCUUCCUCUACGAGGAACUCCACUACCGGAGAAGACCGUACUGGGUCUCCCACUUCGUCUCCACCGCGACCUUCCGCCCGCCGGCGUGUCAGGAUCGCCCCUACUGGCACGUACUCGACUCCCGGCACGGCCUCGUCCUCUUCUACACACCUCGAAUGAAAGCGGACUUCGUUGUCUGCGACCUCGUCACCGGCAACCAGUGGGAAAUUCACGCCAGCCCCAAGUGCGGCGACAUCAUGUGGUGGGAGUGGGAUGAAGAGGACACGAAACUAGAGCGCAUACGCUGUAAUGCCGCGGUGUUCUGCGCCAAGGAUCGAUGCGAUCACCUCGACUGCCAUGGCGGCCCUUUCCGCAUCGCCUUGGUGGGCUCCGUCAUAGAUGGGAAUACAGCCCGCGCCGCCGUCUACUCAUCAGAGACUCGCGAGUGGAGCGACAUGAUCGAGGUUCAGACCCUGUAUUUCAUCGUAGGCCCCUGGUCGGGGCACAGUGCUCUUGUGGGAAAUAAGGUCUAUGUCCCCUGUGUGGAGAGUGACAGUAUCGUCGAAUACAACAUGGAUGAGCAAAAACUAUCUGUGAUUGAUGCCCCGGACACAAACCAUGGUGAAUACAUUCACCUCAUGGGAGUGGAGAACAACAUGCUGCUAUUUGCGUCUGUGGUGACGCCUAGACUCUACCUAUCGUCAAUGGAGAUUGGUCCCAGUGGAGCUGUGGGAUGGGCGCGACAGAGGACCAUCGAGCUCGAACCGUUGCUCCCUCGUGAUGUCCUCUCGGACAACUACAUGUCGGUAGUUGGUUUUGCUGAAGGUAUUAAUGUCAUCUUCCUGAGUACAGCAAGACAUGGGUUGUACACAAUUGAUCUCAAUUCAGGCGAACACAAGAAGGUGCACGAGAGGAUUUAUGAUUAUCAUUUGGAAAAGGUCAUGCCCUACAUGAGCUUCUACACUGGAGCAUGGGGGCAGUUGCUGACCUUGGAGUAAGCUUCAUUCACAGUUGUUGGUGCUAAGAGGAUGGAUCUGUUUACUUUUGCUGCCUAGGAAGAAUUUGAAGCAAACUUUGGUGUCUCUGUUGCUGGUUGUGGUGGACAGUCCGUUUACGCUGAAUGCGCUUUUGUUCUAUUAACUUGAGUUUGUUCAUCUGCGUUUGGUGCACAAAGCAGUCAUUCAGAAGAAAUGUUGAUCUACUUGUGGUGGACAGUGUGGUUAAGGUGGAGGCGCUUUUGUUCUACUUUUUCUUGUGCCAGAACUUCAGUUCGUUAGGCUGAAUUUUGUGCAACUCGAAACUGUCUGUCAGGGAGAAAUUUUGAUGACGGGUUGAUGGUUUUGUGGCA